AUGUCGUCGUCGACCUCGGUGAUCGCGCGGGCGAACGCGCGCGGGCGUGGCGCGCGAUGGGCGGAUAACGUCGCGCGAUGGCGAACGAACGGGCGAACGACGUCGACGGGGACGCACGACGGCGUGAGCGCACGAACGGCGAGCGCGCGCGGACGCACGGAGGGUGACGCGAGCGGUGCGUCGACGACGCGGCGAUCGGUCGUCGCGCGCGUCGGUCGCGGGAGGGCGAUGCGGGGUGGGCGAGGGGCGAUCGCGCGCGCCGGCGUCGUCGCCGCGUCGAACGCGGACGGCGGGUUGAAGUUUACGUACGAGAGCGCGACGAGCGAGCGUACGACGACGACGACGGCGACGACGGUGCGGCGAACGGGGGGUGGGAGCUCGAGCGGGCCGGAUAACGUCGCGCGAACGCUGCUCGCGGCGGGCGCGGUGGUCGGAGCGGUGUGCGCGGCGGAUUACGCCUUUGUCAAGCUCGGCGGUCUCGCUUGGGCGACGACGCCCGGUGCGAGCGCGAUUCGUGCGAGCGCAACUACGGUUGCGACGCUCGUGUCGGCGUAUUUUUGGAGCAAGUUUGGUGGGAUGUCCACCGUCCCAGGGGCGCUGUCGACGUGCUUGACGUACGCGUUCGGCUCCCUCCUGUCCAUCGUCAUGGUGCAGGCGUACGGCGUGAGCGUCGCGUGCGUGCUCAGCGCGGUCACAGCGGCCACGGCGACGUGCGCGGUGGCUUUCCUCGUUCGUUCGCUCGCCGAUUCGUCUAUCUUGAGGCGUUCGUACAGCGAAGAACUGUCACGGUCCGCCAUGCAACGUGGGGCGCGGUCUUUUGAACGUCUCGAGGCUCUUCGCGAAGUCAUGAUGAAAGAGUUCGAGGCUGAAAUGGCUGAGUUGGAGGCGAAACAGUCCGGUUUCGAUAGUGAAAUGCGACGUGUAGAAGAGCGCCAUCGCUCGGAAGUCGCUCGACUCGAGAUGGAAAUCGGCAAGCUUCGCGAUCAGAACAAGAGCGCCGCCGCGGACAAGGCGAAGGCUCUCGAUAACGCUAAGGCUGCGUUCGAAAUCGAAAAGCAACGCAUGCGCGAGCAAUUUGAACGCGACACGGCGCUGCUGAAGAAUACGAUCGCUAAGCUCGAAGCUGAAGUUAUUAACAUGGCUGAGCAAUUUGACGCUGAGCGAAAGGAUCUCCUCGCAAAGGUGCGCGCCGCCAAGGGCUUGUACCACGCCCAAAAAGCGAUGAUGCUCUCCGAAGUCGGCAAGCUGCAAAAGGUUAUCUAUUUGAAGGAAGCCGCCAGCACCGAAUUGCACGCAACAAUCACUGCGAUUGAAACUGAAAAGCUCACACUCAUUUCCAAGCUCGAAGAGACUGUGGCGGUUGCGAACAAGACGCAAGCUGAGCUCGUCACCGCCGUCGCUGAGAUUCAGUCCGAAUCAGAGAGCGAGCUCCAGCGCGCCGUCGCUGAGAUUCAGUCUGAAUCGGAGGGCGAGCUCCAGCGCGCUGUCGCUGAGAUACGGUCACAGUCGGAGCGCGAACUUGAGCGCGCGAUCGCUGAGGCACUUUCUGAGCGACAAGCGAUCGAACUUCUCAUGAAGGAGAAGGAAGAAGCUUGGAAGAUUGAACUGCGUGCUUCGUUGACAGAAACGGAGACGAAGAUCACCGCGGACUGGCAGAAGAAGCAAGCCGCACUCGAAGCGCAACAUGCUGACUUGAUGGCACAACUCAAGCGCGAUUACGAUGGUAAGCUGAAUGACGCCGACGCCAUACGUGUUGAGAUGGUCGAGGCGGAGAAGAGGCUCAUCGCGGAAGUGCAAAAGAAACAAGUGGAGCUCGAGGCACAACACUCUGAUUCGAUGGCGCGACUCAAGCGCGAGUACGAGGGCAAGCUGAAAGAUGCUGAAGUGGCCAACCUGCAGGCGAACGAUGCUGCAAUGAGCGAACUCAAGCGUUCGCUCACAGCGACGUACGAAAGUGCGGCGGAUGCGGCUCAACGCGCGCACGCGGCAAGCCUCGAGAAGAUGAAGGAAUCGACAGCCAAGGAUAUCGCCUCCAUAAGAUCCGAGAUGGCUGUGCUCAAGGCGACUUACGAGAGCGCUGCGGCCGCGGCUCAAAGCGCGCACACGAGAAGCCUUGAACAGCUCAAGGAAGCUCACGCGCGCGACAUCGCCGCAUCGAGACAGGAACUUGUUGAGGCGGUCGCAGAUCAACUCAAGCUUCACGAAGACGAGAAGCUCCAGCUCAGUGCCGAAUUGAAGAGUGAGGAACUACGAAUCACCGCCGAGUUGAUGGCCGAGAAGGAGGCUGCGAUUGCGGAAGUUAACAAACAGCUCUCAACGGCGAAAAACGAGCGCGCAGCGCUUUAUGAACUCGCGAUGAACGAAUCUGCUAAGAUGAGGAACUUCUCCGCUGAUGCACUGCAGACGGCUAUCAAUGAAACUGAGGAAAGACUCAAUUUUUUCUGGUCGGGUAAGAUGGAUCGUCUUGCCGCGGCGCACAACACGAAGGUAUCCAAGAUGGAGAAGGACUUCAAGAGCAAGAUGAAGGCCGCGAAGGAAGACUCCAAGCAGGAGCUCGUCGCGCAGCUUGAGUUCACCCAAAAGGCGACGCGCGCGGCUAUGGAAUCUGAGUACGAAGGACAGAUGACGAGCCUGAAGCGCUCGCUUCAAGGCGAGCGACGCGCGCUUUACGCGCUGAUGCGAAGCGAAAACUCCAAGAAGAGUGAUACCUCUGAGACUGAAGAAAAGCUCAACGCGCUCUGGGAAGGUAAAAUGGAGCGUCUCGCUGCUGCUCACGCCGCCAAGGUGGCGAAGAUGGAGAAGGAUUUCAAGAGCAAGAUGAAGGCCGCGAAGGAAGACUCCAAGCAGGAGCUCGUCGCGCAGCUUGAGUUUACCCAAAAGGCAACGCGCGCGGCUAUGGAAUCUGAGUACGAAGGACAGAUGACGAGCCUGAAGCGCUCGCUUCAAGGCGAGCGACGCGCGCUUUACGCGCUGAUGCGAAGCGAAAACUCCAAGAAGAUUAAUACCUCUGAGACUGAAGAAAAGCUCAACGCGCUCUGGGAAGGUAAAAUGGAGCGUCUCGCUGCUGCUCACGCCGCCAAGGUGGCGAAGAUGGAGAAGGACUUCAAGAGCAAGAUGAAGGCCGCGAAGGAAGACUCCAAGCAGGAGCUCGUCGCGCAGCUUGAGU